AUGGCAAAGAAGAAACAAGCUGUAAAGGAACCAUCUUCGCAAGAAGAUGAAGAAGAAAAACCUAAGAAAGCAACCAAAAGAUUUAGAGAAGAGGAUUAUGCUAAAUUACAAAAGUAUUACUCUGAACAUUACGAUACUAAAGAGGGAAAUCAAGAAGAUGUCUUCCGUUCGUUUGGCAAGUUGCAUGGUUAUUCCGUAUCGCAAGUUCAACGUGCACAUUACAGAAAACAAAAAAAAAGUAAUAACAAAAAGAAGAAAAGCAAAACUUCUGAUAAUGUAGAAAAACAAGAAUUUGAGGACAGAUUCACAAUUUAUGCACAAGAAAUGGAUGAUGAAGAAAAUAAGAAGAAGAAAAGAAAAACCGACACCAAUCAUGAACCGAAAGCAGAUGAUGAAGAUAGCGAACAUUCAUACGAGACUGAGUCAUAUGAAACCGAUUAUUUAUCCGAUGAAAUGAUUGUGCGCACACCUUCGAAAUUAACAAAAACAGUCAAUAUCAACGAUGAGACAACAUCUUUAUUUCGUCCCUACAGAUUCGAAAACGCUUCCUAUUGUUUUUUUGUCUACAGAUACCCAACUUGGACCUCUUUUCUGUUCGAUGGUAUUGACAUGUCAAAGAAAGUGAAGACAUUUUCCAUCAUUGUUACAAUUCAUUCAAGCAUUGACAAGAAAGUAAUUUCUGAUUCUUUCCCGAAUUUCGCAAGUGGUUUGGUAGAAUUAACUGAAAGAAAGGAUGAAAAAUUCACAAUUUACGAACCGAUUCCGAAAGGUGUUGAUGUUAAAUCUGUGAAAAGUGGUCUAUUCGAAUUGCAAUUACUAAUUGGUGAUAACAGAGUGUUCAUGGUGUUCUUUGAAAAGAAAGUACAAAAGUUCCAACCAUCCACAAGUCAAGCUGAGUUUUCGAAAUUCUUACUCUCUUCCGGGAUGGCACCAGUUUCUGCCAGAAGUAACACUUUCAGUGCGCCAACACAAGACAAGAAGGAUUCUCAAAAGUGA